AUUGAGAGUAUACAUUCACAUUUGCUUUCUCGUUUUUUCUCUCCUUCUCAGUCCUUGUCAUGAAAUAAUAUCUAAACUCUUUCUGGUUUUUGGUGAUUUGGUCUUGAUUUUCUGAUAAGUGGGGAAUUCUGUGUUUUGGUGCCUAUAUCCACCAGAUUCAGUAUUCAGAGGAGAUAUAAGCUGUGUGCUUUGAUUGGUGAUUAGCGUUUGGUUUUCCUUAGUUUUUAUCUUAAAAGACCCAAUUUUCAUCAACUUUUAGCUGGUCUUUUCAGCGUAUGUAGAAAUCUUCUGUACAUUAAUUCACUUCUUCCUUAUUUCUUGCUCAUAUUGUAAAGGAUCUCCUCAUUGGAUAUAAGGGUCAUAUUCAAAAUUUUGACUUUGAAAGUGGAAUUGAAAACUUCUUAGCCACCCUCAGAAAACCCAAAAUCAGAUAUUAUUGGGGAUUACAUUAGUGGAGGUUUAAAGACGUUUAUAGAUUAUUCACAAAGCACUGACCUUUAAUUCGAGUAGUUUCACUUAUUUGAAAAUGACAAUUGGGGAUAUUGCACCUAAGAAAGAAAGGACAUCAAAGAGGAGCAAACUUGUUGUUGAUGAGAAGGCUCCCUUGUUGCCUAAAAGUGAAGAAGAUGUUGGUUAUGAUGAGUUCAAUGGAGCCUCCUUUACUGGGGCAGUGUUUAACUUAUCAACAACUAUUAUUGGUGCUGGGAUCAUGGCCUUGCCUGCCACCAUGAAAGUUUUGGGUCUGGUUGUUGGAAUUGGUAUGAUAGUCUUUAUGGCUUUCUUGUCUGAGGCCUCCAUUCAGUUCUUGCUGAGGUUUAGCAGGGCUGCAAAAUCAACAUCUUAUGGAGGGCUUAUGGGGGACGCCUUUGGGAAGUAUGGAAGGGUUGCCUUGCAAGUUGCAGUUUUGGUCAACAACAUUGGUGUUCUCAUAGUGUACAUGAUUAUUAUUGGUGACGUGCUUUCUGGAACAUCUUCAAAUGGAAUUCACCACGCCGGUGUCCUUGAAGGUUGGUUUGGUCAUCACUGGUGGAAUGGUCGUACCUUGGUUCUUCUCAUCACAACUCUUGGCAUCUUCACUCCAUUGGCAUGCUUUAAGCGGAUUGGUUCAUUGAGUUUCACAUCUGCCUUAUCAGUUGCACUGGCAGUUGUGUUUCUUGUUAUCACUGUCGGAAUUACAAUUCUCAAGUUGAUUGGUGGAAGUAUAAUGAUGCCCAGAUUGCUACCUGAUGUUACUGAUUUGACUUCAUUCUGGAAACUCUUCACGGUAGUUCCUGUUCUGGUAAUGGCAUUCAUCUGCCACUACAAUGUUCACAGCAUAGAUAAUGAACUUGAAGACUCUACACAGAUAAAAGGAGUUGUUCGAACUUCUCUUGCUCUGUGCUCAUCUGUUUACAUAAUGACAAGCCUUUUUGGAGUCCUCCUUUUUGGUGAUGAAACUCUUGAUGAUGUGCUUGCCAACUUUGAUACAGACCUUGGCAUUCCUUAUAGUUCCCUGCUUAGUGAUGUUGUCCGUGUUAGCUAUGCUGCUCAUCUCAUGCUUGUAUUUCCCAUUGUCUUCUACCCAUUGCGGCUUAACUUGGAUGGGCUCCUCUUUCCCUCAGCCAGGCCUUUGGUUGUAUCCAAUUUGAGGUUUGCUUUGAUUACUACAGGCCUCAUUUCUCUUAUCUUCUUGGGUGCAAAUUUCAUACCCAGCAUCUGGGAUGCUUUCCAAUUUACUGGAGCAACUGCUGCAGUUUGCAUUGGGUUCAUUUUUCCUGCUGCCGUUACUCUUAGGGAUCAGCACAACAUAGAGACAAAGAGGAACAAGAUUUUAGCUAUUUUCAUGCUCGUCCUUGCUGUAUUUUCAAACUUGGUGGCUAUAUAUAGUGAUGCCUAUACCAUCUUCAAAAAGAAUGGUCCUCGUGCAUGAUCUGUGCUGUUAUUCCUCAUUUAGGACUUUAAAGGCAUGGUAUUGCAUUUUUUGAAGAGCUCUGAUUUGCCGAACCAUCAGAGUCCAACCUAGGUUUUUCGAAGGAAGUUUGGUAGCUGAAUUUUAAUAAGACACCCUUUUCUCAAUGUACAAAGUUGGUUUGUUUUACAUAAUAUAUAUGUAUAUAUAUAAAGAAAAAAAAAAAGAAAAAAAAGAGGAGAAGUAGAAGCUUGUUGUAGCCCAUGGAUAUCUUUACAGUCCCUUAAUAUGUGCUCUUGUAUCUUAUGUCUGAAACAAAUAUAUGCAAUUAGAAUUG